CAAUGUAUCUUUCAUGACUAGCGAGAAGUUGGGAACAUGCAGGAGCUAAAUACGCUUCAAUUACACUAACCGGAGACCGGAAUUUGAAUAAAAUAAUCUAAAAAAAAAGGUAUAUCAAAAUUUGUUAGUAAUAACAUUUAUCAGGUAAAGCGUUUCGACGCCUCGGUGAUUAAUUUUAAAUCGCAGUAAAAAGUACGAGUCAUCACACACACACACCAGCAGUACAAGUCCAAGAUGGCAGAAGGCCAGGAGACAACCAAUAAAAUAACGAUUUUCGUAAAAACUCCAAAAGAUAAGCAUUCUAUUGAAAUAGAAGAAAAUGCGACUAUCAAAGACUUCAAAAAAGCUGUUUCAGAAAAAUUUAACGCGGCAAUAGAACAAUUAUGUUUAAUAUUUGCUGGUAAAAUAAUGAAGGAUCAUGAAACACUUCAGACACAUCAUGUUAAAGACGGACUAACUGUACAUUUGGUGAUCAAGACACCACGUCCUGUUCAGGCUCAACCUGAAUCGGCUCCACCACCUCUAAGAUCAGUUCCUGACAUUGGUGCUAAUCCUUUUGGACUGGGUAGUCUUGGUGGAUUGGCAGGGCUAGAAAAUUUGGGAAUCGGCUCGGCGAACUUUGCUGACCUGCAGCAGCGAAUGCAGCGAGAGUUGCUAUCAAAUCCGGAGACGAUGCGUCAAGUGUUUGACAACCCGCUGGUACAGAGUUUGAUGGACAAUCCGGAGAAUGUGAGGUUACUUGUGUCGGCUAACCCUCAGAUGCAGGAAUUAAUGCAACGUAACCCGGAAAUAAGUCAUAUGUUGAAUAAUCCGGAUUUGUUGAGACAAACGAUGGAAUUGGCACGAAACCCAUCGAUGCUUCAAGAACUGAUGCGUUCCCACGACCGCGCACUAUCAAACCUCGAAAGCAUUCCAGGCGGCCAUAGCGCCCUACGCCGUAUGUACCGUGACAUCCAGGAGCCGAUGCUGGCAGCAGCAGCCAACGAGCGCAAUCCCUUUGCCGCUUUAGUGGAAAACAGUACCGACAAUGUCAACAAUCCUCAACAGGGCCAAGAAAACCGGAAUCCUCUCCCAAAUCCAUGGAGCCCAACAGAACGUCCCGAAGGCUCUCCCGCUACUCCCGCAGCUCCAGGUCUCGGAGGAUUAGGUCGCGGUCUCCUUGACUCGCCUGGCAUGCAAAGUCUUACUUCUCAAAUGAUGGAAAAUCCUCAGCUGCUUCGAAAUAUGCUCGGCGCUCCCUACACUAGAUCUAUCCUCGAAACCAUGGCCGAUGAUCCAGCGAUUGCCGAGAGUAUACUUUCAGCAAAUCCGCUAUUUAGAUCAAACCCACAAAUGCAAGAACAAAUGCGUACCAUGCUCCCAGCUUUCAUUCAACAAAUGCAGAAUCCCCAGAUCCAGAAUGUUGUCACAAAUCCCGACGCGCUUGCUGCGAUAAUGCAGAUCCAACAGGGAAUGGAGCAACUUCGCACCGUAGCUCCAGAUUUUGUUGGUACUAUGGGUGGUCUUGGUGGUUUUGGUGCUACUACACCAGCAACAACUGGUACCACACCUCAAACUGGUACUACAACCAAUCAAACAACUGGAACCGGUACAGUAACUGGUACCGGUGGUACUACAGGAACUGGAACUGGUACAGGAACUGGCACUGGUACUGGUACUAAUCAAUCAUCAGAUUCAUAUUCAAACUCACAAAACGCUUUAUCCCAACUUAUGGCUCAAGUUAUAUCUUCAAUGGCGCUUUCGCCAAACGAAGGAGUAGACGGACAGGGAUUAGGUGGAGGUCUAGGUCUAGGUAUUGGUGGUAAUCCUGUUGGACAAAAUGCACCACCACCUGAAGAACGCUAUCGCACACAAUUAGACCAAUUAUCAGCAAUGGGUUUCGUUAACAGAGAAGCUAAUAUUCAAGCUCUGAUAGCAACUUUUGGGGACAUCAAUGCCGCUGUUGAAAGAUUGCUUGCCAAUGGGCAAGUUUCAAUGAGCUAACCGCCAAUAUUCCAGUAAUAUAUUAAUAUUAAUAACAUUAUUAAUUAAUUAAUUAAUUGAUAUUCCUCACUUUUAAAAUAAUAAUAAAAAUAAUACAUUUUUUUUUUAAUUUAUAAUUUUUUUAUUACCUCAAAAUUUUUAUUUUUAUUGUAAUUAAUUAUUUAAAAUAAAUAACUAACAUUGAUUAUUAUAACUAAUAAAAAUAAAAACUUUGAACGGUAAGUUUAAAUAAAUAAAU